GAGUUCGGUGUUCUGUGGAUUGUUAUGUUUGUCGCAGUGUCAAGGCGGUGGGACGUUCAACGGGAAGUUAGUCGUCCAGCACCCUACUAGCCAAGGAAAAGGUGAAUGACAAUGAGGAACCUAGAUGAUCUUGUGAAGAAAAUAUACGCUUAAAACCAAAAAUCAUGAGCAGCAUUGUGGAACUCGAAGAAAACGUGAAAAAACUUGUGGUUCGUCUCAAGAACAUUGAAGAGGGAAAGCAGGUUGAAACAGUGGUUCAAAUACUAGAUGACUUAUAUGUUCAUACCUUUUGUGACUAUGCAUCUGAAAUAUUUCAUGACAAAAAUGUGCAUUUGCCCCUACUACUGGUUUUGGAAUCAUACAUGAAGGUGGCAAGAAUACAAGAGAUCGGAUGGUCUCUUCUAUACAGACUAAUAGAAGUUUGCCCCUGUACCUUAGAUAGCUUACAAGCACCGAUUGAACUUGGGAGUGAAUGGGAAGUACUUGGUGUUCACCAACAAAUUCUCAAAAUCCUGUCAACCUAUCUUCCAAAUGUCAAUGUUCUGACUAUUGGGCUGAGAGUUUUAAAUAGCAUCCUUGUUUCAGAUGUAAUUAAUUUUAUGCUUCUGGAUCAUGAAGCAGACAUUUUUUUGUUGAUUUUUGAUGCCAUGAAAAUGUUUCCUGAUAAAGAAGAAAUUCAGAUAUAUGGAUGCCAAGCUUUAUAUCAACUCUUAAUAAAAGCAGUGCCUGAAGAGCAGUUGAUGGAAUUUGUUGAGAGCAAAGACCACUUGAUCAUCUUGAAAGUUCUCACUGAGUAUAAAGACUCAGAAUCUGUUCUUCUUCCGGCUUUGCAGGUCUUACUUCCAUUAUCAGGUCCAUCCAGUAAUGCUGAAGUACUUAUGUCUGGAAAUGUCAGAUGUUACAACUUAAUAAUGGAUGCCAUGAAGACGUUUGCAAACAGUGAGAAAAUUCAAGAGGUCUGUUGUUCUUUAUUUCAGAAACUUACAUUUGGAAGUUUCUUUAACAUCCUGGUCCUAAAUGAAGUGCAUGAGUUCAUCAUAAAGGCCUUGAAAAGGUUUUCUUCAAAUGCCAAACUGCAAGCAGCUGCCCUCAGUUGUCUUGCUCUCCUUACUGAAACAAUAUUUUUGAACAAAGAUCUGGAAGAUGGGGAAGAUGAGGAGGAUGUCCAUGGACAAUUAAAUUGGUUUGAAGCUUCCUUUAAAGCUUUAAAAUUACACAAGAAAAACACAGAUGUCCAGGAAGCUGCAUGUUGGGCUCUGAACAAUUUGUGCAUGUACCAUUCAGAACUACGUGACAGUAUUGGGGAUGAGGAUCAUCAGUAUCCAGUACACAGGGAAGUGAUGCUAUCCAUGCUGAUGCAUUCUUCAUCCAAAGAUGUAUUCCAAGCAUCAACUACUGCUUUAGCAACUCUUUGUGAACAUAAUGUGACCAUUAGGAGGGUUUUGUUGGGGAAAGGUGUUCAUAUUAACGUGCUUGAAAUAAUGAAGAAACACAUAGAUUCACCGGAAGCUGCUGAAAGUGCCUGUCGAGUUCUUCAUACUCUCUUCGAUGGAAGUUCUUUUAACUUGGAUGUAAUGACUGUGGCUGUGACAGGUCUGAUUAGUAUAAUGAAGAAACACAAGAAGGCUCCAUGUGUUCAGUUAGAAGCGCUGCGUGCUAUGGUACAGAUUAUGUUUGAUGAUGCAAAUUCGAACCUUCCAAAGGGCCAAAUGGAUUCUGUCGAAACAGCAUUUCUGAAUCUCCCACUGAAAGUGAUAAAGAACCAAUGUUUACUGGAAGGAAUGCACAAGUUGGUUUUGGAGGCUCUAAACAAAUUCAUUGGUAAUCCAGGCAUUCAAGAAUGUGGACUAAAGCUACUUGGAUGUUUAAUAGAAUGCUCAGGGGCUCUGGACCUGCUUUCAGAACUGGGUGCACUGGAUACUGUUUUGCAUACACAACAAAUGUACCCAGGAAACCAAGAAAUACAGUACUUUGGCUUAUCUCUCUUAUCAUAUCUGGUUCCAAAAAAGAAAUUAUGUAUCGCCACGGUGCAUGUUUUGGCAACACAGUUGGUUUCUACAUUGCAAAGAUAUAAGGAUGUUGUCAAAAUACAAGAGGAGGGAUUUCGUACUGCAUUAACAUUAAUGAACCUAUCACAGAGCUUUGCAAAGCUUUUAGAGCUUGAGGAUUUCGACAAGGUGCUUUUCUACCAGAUAUCAAUGUGUCUGGACAACAAACGGGACCGGAAGUUCCACAGCCUGUGCUAUGGAUGCUUUGCGGAAAUGACUGCUGAAGAUGAAUUGAAAAAUAAAUUACUGGUAAAAGCUUGCACGGAAACUAACAUCAUUAUAGUGGAGUGUCUGCUUUUGCUCGGGGCAGAUGCGAAUAAGAAAUCCAAACAUACAUCCUUAAUCAUACAGGUUUGUGAAAAGGGAAAUAACUUAAAGCUUGUUGAGCUAUUGUUAAAUAAUGGCGUCCGUGAGCAAGAUGCCCGAAAGGCUCUCCAAGUUAGCAUUAGGAGGAGCGAUAAUGAGACCAUCAGUUUGCUACUGAAAAAGCUUGGGCUAGAUGUGGCCAACAACAGUAUUUGUCUUGGAGGUUUUCAUUUGGGUAGAAUAGAACCUUCAUGGCUCACUCCACUGUUUACCGAAAGACAACAACCUACACCAAAGCAACCAUCAAUAGGUCAAGAAGUAAAGAAGGAUUUAGGCCCUGUUUUGGCGAGGAUGGUUUUCAGAUACCAGAGAAAGAGUACUUCAACAGAAGGCUGUAGACUAUCUGAAGAUUUUAAUUGUAUUGAAGACCUGCACAAAGGAAUUGACAGCCCCUGCUUGCCUGAUGUUUUUGAAGAUACUGGAUUUCUCUUUAGUGAUGACUUGGAUAGUGAAGGGAGUGAAGGAUCUGUUCCUGUCAAAAAAUGUCACUCAUUUGAUAUCCACAAAGAUUAUUCAAAGUUGGAUCGUGUGACCUCCUCCUGUCAGAAACAUUCCAACUCUUUGGGAGCUAGUGGAGAUGAAUCUGUACUUCAAAAGAAAGAGUUCCUUCAGAUUGAUUCUCCAGGCAAAUCAGCGAGGUUUCCUUUGCUUAUGAAGCGGGUCGAUAGCUUUCCUUCCCUUGUUGAAAAAGAGCACAUUAGAACUCUUGACCUUUCUGCAAAUGACCUGGAAAGCAUUGAUCUAAUAACUAAAAAGUCACCUUUGACAAGUCAGUUGGAACGCCUUGAAAAACUGGAGUUACAACAGAAUUCACUGACUUUGUUUCCAAAGUCACUUUCCGAAGCUUUAAAAUCUUUGACUUACUUGGACUUGCGCAGCAACAACUUCAAGUCAUUUCCCUCCUGUAUUCUGGAAAUUAACACUCUUGUGUUCCUUGAUAUAUCAAGGAAUGAGAUAGGGCCUUCCUUGGAUGUAACGGCAGCUGGAGCAUGCCUGUGUCUAAAACACCUGAACGUCUCCUACAACCAGCUGAGAUAUUUUCCAGAAAAUAUUGGGAAUGUUACAGUGAAACUUGAAGAAUUAAUUUUGGAAGGAAAUAGCAUUACCGACAUCUUGACACCUGUUUGCCUGUCAGAGUUAAGGACCAUCAACUUGAAUAAGAAUUCUAUUUCAUCACUUGCUUCAGAUUUCUUGAAAUAUUCUGCAAAGUUAGAAACAUUCUGUGCUGUGACAAACAAGCUUGCUACAACGCCAAAUUUUCCAUCUAAAAUAACAACACUAAAAUUGUCUCAUAAUAAAUUCAGAAGCGUUCCAAAAGACAUUUUGCUUCUUCCACAUUUACGCUCUGUAGAUUUAAGCAACAAUCAGAUUGAGAGAUUGCCUGGUCCUUUGGAAUGGACAUCGUUAAAUAUGCGGGAACUCCUUUUAAACUACAAUCAGAUUACUGUUUUGGAUCUCGGCAAAGAUGCUUGCAGAUGGUCAAGGCUUGAAAAGCUGCAUCUCUCACACAAUAAACUGAAGGAGAUCCCACCUGAAAUUGGCUGUCUUGUUAAUAUGACCUCCUUUGACAUCAGCCAUAAUCUUGACCUUAGAUCUUUUCCUGAUGAAAUGGGAAAACUAACAAAGGUUUGGGACCUUCCUCUUGAUGGUCUUCACCUUGACAUUGAUUUGAAACACGUUGGAUGUAAAGCCAGAGAUCUGAUACGAUUCCUUCAGCAGCGUUUAAAGAAGGCUGUUCCUUACAACCGGAUGAAGCUAUUAAUCAUGGGAAACACAGGCAGCGGAAAGACUACUUUGGUGCAGCAGCUUAUGAAAUUUGGGCAUCCUAAUCGUGGCUUAGAGAAAUCUACUGUCGGAAUUGAUGUGAAAGACUGGCAUAUACUGAUAAGAACCAAAGUAAAAAAGGAAAUUGUAUUAAAUGUCUGGGACUUUGCAGGACAAGAGGAAUUCUACAGCACUCAUCCUCAUUUUAUGACUCCACGGGCUUUAUAUCUUGUUGUCUAUGAUCUUAGUAAAGGAGAAUCUGAAGUUGAUGCAAUAAAGCCAUGGCUGUUUAACAUAAAGGCACGAGCUGCCACUUCCCCUGUGAUUCUCGUUGGAACGCAUCUCGAUGUUGCAGAUGAAAAACACCAGAAAGCCUGCAUAAGUAAAAUAAAAAAGGAACUUUUCAGUCAACGUGAGCUACCCACCAUUCAAGAACACCACUUUGUGAACGCCAUUGAAGAGUCGGAUCUUUUGGCGAAGCUUAGAAAGUCGAUCAUAAAAGAAUGUUUAAAUUUCAAGAUCAGAGAUCAGCCAGUUCUUGGACAGCUAAUUCCAGACAGUUACCUGGAACUUGAAAGAAGAAUUUUAAAUGAACGCAAGAGUGCUCCCAUUGAAUUUCCCGUCAUUAACCAUAAGAGAAUGAAAGAAAUUGUUGAAGAAAGCCAGUUGCAUUUGGAUGAAGAAGAACUACCACAUGCAGUGCAUUUUCUAAAUGAAUCAGGGGUGUUACUACACUUUGAAGAUCCUGCCUUGCAACUUCGAGACCUUUAUUUUGUGGAUCCCCAGUGGCUUUGCAAAAUCAUGGCACAGAUUUUAACAGUGAAAGUUGAUGGUUGUGAAAGGUAUCCUAAAGGUAUCAUCCACUGCGCAGACGUGGAGAAAUUCCUUUCAAAAAAAAGAAAAUUUCCUAAAAAUUACAUGUCACAGUAUUUUAAGCUCCUUGAAAAGUUCCAAAUAGCUCUGCCACUGGGUGAAGAUCAGCUUCUCAUUCCAAGCAGUUUGUCCAAUCAUCGACCAGUGAUAGAACUUCCACACUGUGAGAAUUCAGAAGUCAUUAUACGAUUAUAUGAAAUGUCUUAUUUUCCCAUGGGCUUCUGGUCAAGACUCAUCAACAGGUUACUAGAAGUUUCACCUUAUAUGCUUUCUGGAAGAGAAAGAGCGCAACGCCCCAACAGAAUGUAUUGGAGGCAGGGUGUCUACCUCAAUUGGUCACCAGAAGCAUACUCUUUGGUGGAAUCCAUAAAUCUACCCAACAAUCCCAAUAGCUUUUUGAAAGUGACCGUUCCAUCCUGCAGAAAAGGUUGCAUUUUAAUGGGGCAAGUUGUGGACCAUAUAGAUUCUUUAAUGGAGGAAUGGUUUCCCGGCUUACUGGAAACUGAUAUUUGCGGGGAAAGUGAAACACUAUUAAAAAAGUGGGUCUUAUACAGCUUUUGUGAUGGCCAAGAACACAAAAAGAUAUUACUCACUGAUUUACUGGUGAAGGCUGAAGAAGGAGACUUGCUGAUAAACCCCGAGGACCCCAGAUCAACAGUCCCUAUCUCUCAGAUUGCUCCUGACCUUGUGCUUGCUGACUUACCUAGGAAUAUCAUGUUGAACAGUGAAGAUUUGGAAUUUGACCAGGGCCCUGAAUUUUUAUUGGGUGAUGGGGGAUUUGGAUCUGUUUAUAGAGCGGUAUACAGAGGAGAAGACGUAGCUGUGAAAAUCUUUAACAGACAUACUUCACCGAGGCUCUUACGACAGGAACUUGCUGUACUAAGCCAUCUCCAUCAUCCCAGCUUAGUAUGUCUGUUGGCAGCUGGUGUCCGCCCCAGGAUGCUAGUAAUGGAAUUAGCUCCCAAAGGAUCGCUCGACCGUCUUCUUCAGCAAGACGUUGCUAGUCUUACCCGAACACUUCAGCACAGGAUAGCACUACAUGUUGCUGAUGGGUUGAGGUAUCUACAUUCAUCAAUGAUAAUUUAUCGGGAUCUGAAACCUCACAACGUCCUGCUGUUCACUUUGUAUCCCAAUUCAGCAGUUAUUGCUAAGAUUGCAGAUUAUGGCAUUGCACAGUACUGCUGUAGGAUGGGUAUCAAAACUUCGGAAGGAACUCCCGGUUUUCGUGCACCUGAAGUUGCCAGGGGAAAUGUUAUUUACAACCAGCAAGCUGAUGUCUAUUCGUUUGGUUUGUUGCUGUAUGAUAUUCUUACAAAUGGAGCCAGAAUGGUAGAAGGUUUGAAGUUCCCCAAUGAGUUUGAUGAGCUGGCCAUCCGUGGGAAGCUACCUGAUCCAGUUAAAGAAUACAAUUGUGCUCCAUGGCCUGAAGUUGAAGUAUUAAUUAAGAAAUGUUUAAAAGAAAACCCCCAGGAACGUCCCACAUCGGCAAAGGUUUACGAAAUCUUGAACUCUGCAGAACUUCCCUGUUUGAUGAGAAACCUAGUGAUAUUAAGCCCAUUGACUGCAGAAUGCAUGGCUGCUGCUACCCCUCGUGUCAAGAAACCUACUGUUUGGGUAGCAAGUGGCAGCACUGAAAAAGGACAGAUUUCCUGCCUUAACUUAACUAAAAGUGGACAUACAUGUGAGGAUUUUUCAGAUAGCCGAAUAUUAUGCCUUACCCUUGUGACUUUAUCUGGAGGAAAGGAACAUUGGAUCUUGGCUGGAACACAGUCUGGGGAAAUUCUGUCUGCAAAUCCAGAAGAUCUGAACAAAAAACAUUGCAUACAGAAAAUGCCUGACUCUGUCACUUGCUUACUCCACACGUGUUUUGUAAAACAAGGCCAAAAGAAAUAUUUUGUGCUGGCAGGAACUGCGAAUGGCAGCAUUGCAAUUUUUGAAGAGUCUGCAAUAAAGUCUGCCAGUGCAUCGCCUCUUAAGCUGCUUAUUAUAGGAGAUAUGAGCACUCCUGUCAUGUGCUUAUGUGAAUCCACAUCAUCAGAAAGGAACUCUGUUUGGGGCAUCUGUGGGACCAAAAUAUUAUCUCUUUCCCAUGACUUUUCAGUUCAGAAGAUGAUUGACACAAAGACAGCUAUGUUAUUUUCUCACGGAUCUUCAGCUGACUCAAACAUAACUUCCAUUGCAGUUGAUAAAUAUAUAUACGUGGCAAAGAAAUAUAGCCCCUAUGUUGAAAUUUGGGACAAAAAGACUGAACGGAUGUGUGAGAUACUUGAUUGUUCUCGGUUUUUGAAGGAAGAAAUUGUAAAAUGCAGGAAAUUAAAGCAAGAAGACACCUAUAGUGCGCGAGUGAAAGCUUUCUUUCUGCAGAAAAAUACCGCGCUUUGGGUAGGCACAGGUGGAGGCCACAUUUUGCUAAUUGAUCUAUCAACGAGACGACCAAUCAAAAUAAUUUCCAGCUUCUGUGAUUCUAUUCGAUGCAUGGUACCGGCUCAGUUAGAUAAAGGAGGCGUAAAAAAUGUGGUACUUGUUUUGGGAUGUCGCUGCACACCACAAAAAGAAAUACAGUCAUUUCUUUCUGUGUGGGACACAAACCUUCCACAUGAAGUCCAAAAUCUAAAAAAACACAAUGAAAUAAGAAAAGAACUGGCAGAUAAACUUAGAGGAUUGUCUAUGGACUAACUAUACCAAAGAGAACCAAGUUUAUGAACACUACCAUGUGAAGAUUCAGUUGACAUGGAGCUCAUACUUCAUUCACCCAAGUUUUCGUUAGAAUGGAGUGGAACUUGAAACAUGGUGUUUUCUCACAUAAUGCCAAAGUCAAAAGCCAAUUUUUCAUUAUGCUUCUUCAAACUGCUGGAUGAACUCCUUGGCACUGUGUGUGUAAAUAUGUUAUUUUACAAAGGACAAAC